AUGGCAGACGCACUUCUUUCAGCUCUUGCAAGUACAAUCUUGACAAACUUAAAUUCUUUGGUACUUGGUGAGUUUGCAAUUGCUGGUGGCUUGAAAACUGAGCUCAAUAAUCUCGAAAGCCCUUUCACUACUAUCCAAGCUGUUCUCCAUGAUGCAGAGGAGAAGCAGUGGAAGAGUGAGGCCAUGAAGAACUGGUUGCAUAAGCUCAAGGAUGCAGCUUAUGAAGCUGAUGAUGUUCUUAAUGAGUAUGCGAUACAAGCUCAAAGGCGCAGGCUACCAAAAGAUCUAACAUUCUGUUGCUUUUAA